CACCAUCUCUCUCUUUGGUAAUUAACCGUUUUUGCAGAAUAUGGAAUCAUUCUACUUCUGCAACGUUAGCAUAUGCUCCUGGAUUCCCCAUCCAUCAACCACACUUUUUCCUUUCCCCAACUCCUAAUCUUCUCUUCAUCUGAGUUUUUUUUUUCUUUUUAAUCAAGUAAAAACGUCCAAUAGUAAAUGGAGGAAGAACGGCGCGAUGUUCUGUUCGGGAAAUACGAGAUGGGAAGGCUUUUGGGCAAAGGAACCUUCGCAAAAGUCUAUUACGCCAAACACAUCAUCACCGGCGACAGCGUCGCCAUCAAGAUCAUCAACAAAGACCACGUCACGAAACGUAACGGCAUGAUGGAUCAGAUCAAGCGCGAGAUCUCCGUCAUGAGACUCGUCCGCCACCCAAACAUCGUCGAGCUCAAAGAAGUUAUGGCGACGAAGACCAAGAUCUUCUUCGUCAUGGAGUACGUUAGAGGCGGCGAGCUUUUCGCCAAAGUAGUCAAAGGAAAACUCAAAGAAGACGCGGCGCGUAGAUAUUUCCAGCAGCUGAUCUCAGCCGUCGAUUACUGCCACAGCAGAGGCGUCUCUCACCGAGAUCUGAAGCCUGAGAAUCUCCUCGUCGACGAGAACGGAGAUCUCAAGGUCUCCGACUUCGGACUCUCCGCUUUGCCCGAACAGCUUUUACAAGACGGGUUGCUACACACUCAGUGCGGGACGCCUGCUUACGUGGCGCCAGAGGUUUUACGUAAGAAGGGAUACGAUGGUGCUAAAGCUGAUAUAUGGUCGUGCGGCGUCGUUUUGUACGUGCUUUUAGCUGGUUACCUCCCGUUUCGUGAUGAGAAUCUUAUGAAUAUGUAUCGAAAGAUAUUUAAAGCGGAGUUCGAUUUCCCGCCUUGGUUUUCAACCGAGGCGAGGAGGUUGAUCUCUAAGCUUCUUGUGGUCGAUCCUGAUCGUCGGAUCUCGAUCCCGGCGGUUAUGCGUACCCCGUGGUUUCGAAAAACCUCCAAGGCUCCGAUCGCGGUGACUAACUCACCGCGAAACGACCUGGAGGUGGAGGAGGAGGGAGUGGCUACUGUGUCUUCGCCCAAGUUCUUCAACGCGUUUGAGUUCAUCUCGUCGAUGUCGUCGGGGUUUGAUCUCUCGAGCUUGUUCGAGAGCAAGAGGAAGGUGAGGUCUAUGUUCACGUCGCGGUGGUCUGCGGCGGAGAUAGUGGCGAAGAUGGAAAGGGUCGGGAAGGAGAUGGGGAUGAAGGUGAAGAGGACGAAGGAUUUCAAGGUGAAGAUGGAGGGGAAGACGGAAGGGAGGAAGGGGAAGAUAGCUGUGACGGCGGAGGUUUUCGAGGUUGCGCCGGAGGUAGCCGUGGUGGAGCUGUGUAAAUCGGCGGGAGACACUCUGGAGUAUAACAAGUUGUAUGAAGAAGAAGUCAGGCCGGCGUUGAAGGACAUCGUGUGGUCGUGGCACGGUGACAGUAAUAAUAAUAAUAAUAAUAUUAGUACUAAUGACAGUGGUAAUGUUAAUUAUACUAGCGAUGAAAACUCUGGUAGUGACUGUGAGAGAAUGUAAUGAUAGUAAUGUGAAGCUGUUGAUUUUGUUGAUUUUGUUUUGUUUAAUCGCUUGUUAUUAGUAUAGACUCGGCAAGAUUUUGUAAAUCGUGGUGUAUAUAGAACCCUUUUUAACUCCUUAAACAACUUGAAUUAGUCAUCGACAUUUACCAAUGUAUAAGUACAUUUUAUCACAUAAUGUUCGAAUGUUUGUUG